CUGGCACACGGACACGCGAAGAGCAACAGGCGGCAGCACGCGACCCAGCCGCAGAGUGGCGCAGCGCCCGCAGAGUGCAGCAUAGAAGACGCAGACGUCGACAUGGCCGGCUGCUGGCUGUUCCUCGCGGCUAUUGCCGGGCUUCUCCUGGCAGCAGCCGCCGCAGUCGCCGCUGCGGUCACGCCACAGGUGCAGGCGGUGAAGGCCGCUCCUGGAUCCUCUGUGCGGGUAGACUGUGCCAGUGGCAGCACCGCCUCUAGCGGAGUCGGCUGGAACCCGCUCGGCAUGCUGUCCAACCUGCUGCUGGGCUACAGCGACGAAGACGACGACGACGACGAUGAUGACGAUGACGAUGACGAUGACGUAGUCGGCUCCAGCGGCGAACGUGCUGGCUCUGACGAGGACUACUACUCCUGGAUGGACCUGGGCCUGGGCUUUCUUGACGACUCCAGCAGCGAGGAGGCAGCCAGGCGAGGGCACGACCUACCUGGCGAGGCGGGCAGCAAACCCCUGGGACAUGGCGAGGUGGUCAACAACUCCCUGGGGCCUGGUGAGGCGGUCAACAACUCCCUGGGUCGCCACAGGAGGGCCACGCCCAGUUGGAGUAUCGGUGACAUAGACGUGCAGGGGGGCAAGAACUGGUCGGUGCGCGUCUUCAACUGGGUGCUGGUACGGCGCAACCCGGCGACUGGCCAGGUGGAGGUGAAGCUGCAGGUCCCGGGACUCUUCUCCUCCCCUGCUGGCGGCAGCGGCGACUGCGAUGACGACAUCGAUGCGAGCGACAGCGGACGCGAAGCGAGAUCGACGCGCCUCGAAGAAGGUGUUGCCGGACACCCAGAGGACGCCUCCAGCAGUUUGUCGUCCCCAGAGUACCCCCAGAGUGGCGCCAGCUGAGGGCGACUUCUCCAGGUGGGAAACCACCAGCUGGAAGACGCAAGCCAGCCGGGACACAUUCGUGUGGAGAGGCAUUAUUUCAUUUCUAACUGCUUGUAAGUGGCACACAUAUUUACUUGGCCUAACGAAUGGUACCAAAACAGCAUUGUUCUGAAAUGUAAAAAUUUUAUACUUGUCUACGUUAAUGCAAUACUGUACUUUGUUUUGACAACCUGGAUGAGACAAAAAAAAAAUUCAAGUUCUAUUUCUCUGAUUCAAGUUUGUUGUAUUUGGAUUUAAAAUACUUUUACCGUGUACAUGUAUGUUUCAUUGUAUUUAUGUAUACUGUUUAUGACCUGGUUACUUAGCUACAUACUCCGUAGCUUGCCAACAUAAUAAACAUUGUUAAACAAAAUGUAUCAAAAGUACAACCGUUAUACUUCAGUAAAAUUUAUAGACGAUGUUUUUAGUUAAAAAAUAUUUCUAACACUUUAAGUAUUAUGUACGACAACAUUUUCGUCAUUGACCCCAUUUUCCCCGCAACUUCUACCUUCACUCAAAAGAGUACAUACAUUUGUUUAAGCUACACAAGGGUUUUGUCGCAUGGCGACCGCGUGCGGUUCCAGUAUACUCUUUGGCCUUGCUGCAAAUAAGCCGAUGCCCUCUCCCGUUUUUGAACAGAAUAGUGCACGAUAUUGUUAUGUGUAGACGCACCACGAAGCCAGUUUCUCAAGAAUCAUUUUCACCUGUUACUUACCAGUACACUUAGCAACGGGUCCUUCUCUUUGUAAGCGUAUUAUCAUAUCGCUGGCUUAGUUGUGGAGUAUCUUUGCAGGCAGCCGGGUCUGCAGAGUUGAGCGCGGGACACGGAAAUGUUGUGUUGUGGGUAGCUCUGCAUGUGAGAGGCACUGUUAGUAGGGAAGUUGAAGUGUUGCUACGAGUGCUAUUACAGUAAAAUGAUGAAAUAUGGAAGUGAUUCAGAGGAAAGUGCGUCAACAUGUAAUCAUCCGCGCUGUGUUCGGUCUUCCAGAAUGAACUGAUGUGAAUCAGUAGAAAUUAGUUACCAUAAAAGAGUGCAGUCAAGUGCCAGUGUCUUGUAGCGAGUGUGAGAACUUGCGUUCGACCAUCGCGUUUCCAGAUUACCAACAAUCAGCCGCGCCGCGACGGUUACGCGCACGCUCGCACAAGUGAGAACAGAAAAAUUAACUUUACCGACAGUGUUAUAUCAAGGAGGACUGGUACCAAAAGAAAUCAGUGUAUGCGUGGCGAGCGUAAGAACUUUCGUUCGAUUAUUCGGCUUUCGCAUCAUCAACAAUCAUCCCCGUGUUCGGUAUGUGAACGCUCGUCCAAGUGAUAUUGUGGACAGAUAAACAUCAAGAUUGUUAAUUGGAUAAACAUUUACGACUUAGAGUGUAAACCUGUGAUUUCUUAUCGUCUCAGAAUACAGAUGUUCAUACCACACUUA